AUGACUGUUUUCAAUCCCCUUAAUGAUAUUCUUACUCAAAACAAACUUGAGGGUCCGAAUUAUGUUGAUUGGAAACGAAACUUGGAUAUUGUCCUAAUUGUUGAAGAGGUCAGUCCAUGGAGUCUACUUAUGACAUUCCGGAAAAAUCUCAAAGUAAUGUUUGGAGAUCAGAAUCGUGCGGCUAAACAGACUGCCAUGAAAGCUCUUCUAAAUACCAAAAUGGUUGAAAGUUCAUCUAUUAGGGACCAUAUUCUGAAGAUGAUGAGUCUUUUGAAUAAACUGGAGGAUUUGUCACUUGCAAAAUUGCUGAAUGAGCUGCAGUUGGCAGAGACUAUUGUCAAGCAACAAGCUCCUCCUGUGGUAUUGAAUUUUGAUGUAGGUUCUUCUGCUUCUUCUAAGCCGAGAGGGUGGUAG